GGCGGAGCAGGGCAACGUCGGAGGACCGCGGCCUUUGAGGCCCGGCCUAGAGCGGCUCUAACCAUAGAGGCUCAGCCUAGAGCGGUCCUGCCACGCGGCGGGCGGCGCCUGCGCGUACUUUCGGUUCGCGAUGCCUUUGAAACGGCGUGGGUGAAGUUGGGCGCCGGCGGCUCUCCGCGGUGGGGUCGGUGCUGGUGCCGGAAGUAUGGCGCCUGUGCUGAACCUCAACAACGAGUGUAAUCAACAGAAUAGAAGCACCAGAGGAACAGACACACAAACAUCAGCUAUCUCUCCAAAACUUUGGUUUAGCAAUUUCUGAUCAAAUGGGUCAGUGAUGCUGCAAAGGUUGUGAAGAUGAGAAAAGAUGUGAAGAAGGCCAGGGUCCUGACUAUUCGCAGACUAACCAGACACAUUGGGAAAUUAAAGUUGAAAAAGGGUUCGGAAGACUUGCUAUUAAAGAACCAAAAAAGAGCUGAGAGAUUGAUAGAAGAAAUCCAUGCCAUGAAGGGAGAAGUGUUUCCAGAGAGAAAUGCAGAUGUUGAGUGGGCUGAAUCACGUUCAUGGAGUGCCUGUUUCUGUGAAAUUGAGUCUAGGGAAAUAAAGCCAGAUCAAGUUACCAGACUUGCUCUUAGGAAGGAAGUUAAUUUUGAAAGUGUCUGCAGAAAGCCAAAUUCUACCGCAACUGAGCGAGCCAUUGCAAGACUUGCAACGCACCCCAUCUUGAAAUCAAAAAUUGCUGACCUUAAAGCUGCUGUAAAAGCUUUUAAGGAUGCAAGAAAGAAACCAGCCCAAACCCAUCUUUCAAUAAAGGAUAAACCAGAAGAACACCCUAAGUCAGCGCAACAUCUCAAUAGCAAUGUGGAUGACCAAGUUCUUAAAGUAGUUCAAAAAGAGCAAGCAUGUGAAGACAAAACAAAAAUGAGUAUGAAAAUAGGAGCUAACACAAAGAAAGAACUUUGUGUGAGUGAUUAUAAGCAGAAAAUUGUGGAAAGUGAGAAAGCAUACACUCCAAACGAAGUUUCAUUACAGGCAGCAGAAAGGCAAGCAGUCCCUCAGAAUAAAGUAGGAAAGAAAUUUGACUAUCCAAAAAGGAAAAAAACUAUAAGCAUGAACAAAUUCACUGCAACAAAAGAAUCAGUUAGUGAUGUUAGUGACCUGGAACAACUUAAUGAAGAGUACUUUGAUGAUAGUACUGAAGAAAGGUUUUAUAACCAGACAUCGGACUCUGACAAUGAUAGCAAUGAUGAUUUCUUCAUUGGCAAAGUAAAAAGAAAGAAAAAGAUAGCAGCAGUUGGUGACUUUUCUUCAAUAAAGGAAAAGAACAAACCACAGGAAAAGAUACUGAAGAAAGAAAAGAGCACAAUGCCUAGGACAGCGCAAGAUUUGAUCGGAGAAGAAGGAAAGCUACAUGCAAAAGCAAGGAAGCUAGAAUCAGUGUUCUGCAGUUCUCUGUCUACCCCUAAUCAGAAGUCCCAAAAUAGAAGAAAUACUAAGGACCAGCCUCCCAAAAACAGAAGAACAGCUUUUCCUAAAAAGGAACCACAGCUCAGGAAGCAUCAAUUUGCUGAAGCUGCAGCUAUUAAAUGCAAAAAUAAAAAAGCAUGUUUGGAGCAGCCUCUUCAUCCUUCGUGGGAAGCAAGCAAGAAACGUCGGGAACAAAUGUCUCAAAUUACAGCAUUCCAGGGAAAAAGGAUUAAAUUUGAUGACUAGACUUCAUGUAAAUUCAGAUUUUAAAAAAGAUUCUUGUAGAUCCGCAUCUGGUGGUAUUUUCUUAUGGAGUAACAACUGGUGUUGGAACACUUCCCCCCGUGAUAAGAAUGGAAGACAGAAUAGAAGUCUUCACUGAGAUAAUAUUUUUACAAGUUUUAAGAAUUCGUGUCUUUUUUAGCCAUAUUUAGAUGUCUUUAAAUUAUUUUCAUUAAACUGUCCUUGUCCUUUGAAGCCUGUAAAAUAAUAUUUUAAAAGCUUUGUUGCUAGAACUAAUCAUCUGUUUCUAAUGAAGAUUAAAUAAGGCAAUGUGCUGUCUUGACUAACAUGAGGUCAUGUGGUGUUGGUUUGCAAGCUCUAUUACAUAGUCUUGCCAUUAACGAAAUACACCCUAACGUGAAUGAAUGUUUUGAGGAACAUCAUUUUUGUCCUCUAAAAGUAGUAUGAAUUCUUUGGAGUUUUGUUUGAGUAAAAAUGUACUUAAGACUAUUUGAGGCCUUGGAUGUAAGGAGAGAGGGGAGAAGGCAAAACAUCACUACUGAAGAAAUAAUCCUAAGAAUACAUUAUCAUAUGCAUCUCAGCUGAGAAAAGGUAAGAGAUCUCUUAAACUUGAACAGACUUCAUAAAUUCAUACAUUUAUUAAGUAGCUAGAGAAGUAGAUCAGUAAUAUUCAUGUUAUGAAAAAUUCUAGAUAUCAAUAAAAUAUUGGCCUGUAUAAA